AUGCAGUACAAAGAUGCAGCUACAGCUAACCGGAGUACCAAGGGAAGAGAUGCUCCGAAAUCACACGCGGAGUACCCAGCUAAAGAACUCAAUAAACAGGACCGAGCGUCAGGCUUCAAGUUCAUUGAUGCUGGUCAUGGCACCUUGGCAGUAACCAAGAGAGAAAUGCCUACCGUAUCCCUUUUCUAUCCAAGAGGCGAUAUCAGUAAGGCAACUCAUGCAAGUGACAAAACCUAUGGCUGGAUCGCUUCUGAAAAGAGCCAUGUGCGAAGAGUUUCGACCGCAGCGGUGAAUGCCCAGGAAUCCUCCACUCAAAAAGUUCAUAGAAGAAAGAGAAACUAA